AUGAUGGGUUCUGUCGCGCUCCUUUUCGCCUUGAUUGGAACUUGCUACGCCCAGGAUACCUAUGUGACCUUCGCGCCGGGCUCACGCCGUGGUGAGGUUAUGUGGCACACGCAACUUGCCUUCGUCAAGGCCGAAAAGAUUUGCAAUUUCUCUGGGGAUCCAAAAAAAGCCGAAGUUGAUAUCGCCACGCUCCGGAAAGCCUACUGUAACGGGACAGAUGUCAAGCCAGAGUAUAAGCAGAUCGCCACCUGCUUCAUGAUGGGCAUCGAGACCUUCUCCCGCGAAUUACCAUGCUACUUGAAAGAAAGCACCAAAUGCUCCGAAAUCGUUGAUGUGCUUCGCGGAAUUGCUCUU